AUGAGCAGGGGAAAAGUUAAUUUCCGUGAUAUUUCACCGGCUCUUCAAACUUUUAGGGAUUUCCUUCUGGGACGAAAUCACAAAAAAGCUCUGCGAUUCCAGCCUUUGUUGUCCGCUAGAACUCAACCACAGCCAGAAUUACCUGAUGGUGUAUCACACAAACAUGCACACAAUUACUAUUAUACUCGUGAUGGCCGAAGAGAAGUUGCACCUCCAAUGGAUCUUACUAAACAGUUACUGACCGAUGGUGCUGAAAAGGGAACUCCAAGAGAAGCAACCAUUUCAAUUCCAAGACCUGGAAAAGUUCAUCAAUGGGAUCAUCAUUAC